AUAUAUUUUUUAUUGCUACUUUGUAAAGGAAAAAAACAUAAUUUGUUAUAAUUAUGUAAGUAAACUCUUGAAGAUUAGUUACAAGAAAUGUUUUAUACAUAAGAAUUAAUAACCAAACAAUUAAUGGUCCAAUAAGAAACCAAAUUAAUACUUUCUGUGCUCUCUUAAAUUGUCAUUGAAGGCUUUCUGAAGGAAUUUAAAACUGGUUUUACUGUUAUUAUCUAGCCAAGAUGAAAUUGUUUUGUGUUGCCUUUUUGUGGAUGGUUACCCUGCUUAACUCAAGAAUGGGAGAAGGUGCUAGGCAUCAUGUUGUACCUCGAGCUGAGAAACAGACUGAUACCUCUGAGAAGCCUUCAGUCUACCCAGCAUGCACCUGCGUCCUCCAUGAUCUGUGCGAGAGAGAAGUACACGCCACAGAUACCAUAUGAUGAGGUCUGUUGCCGCUCAGAAGACAUCAAACGUUCCCCUAAACAGCCACAGUGUGGUCAUCGCCCGAUGGAGAAUCUGAUAUCGCCCAGAGCUCAAUCCUCCGAUCACCAAGCUCUGUACGGAGAAUUCCCUUGGAUGGUGGCAGUAAUGGGGCAGCAAUACAUUGAUGGUGUCUACCAGACUGGUGCAUACUACUGUGGUGGCUCACUCAUCCACCCCAAUGUAGUUCUUACUGCAGCUCACUGUGUCAAGGGUAAGAAAACUCUCACGAUCCGAGCAGGUGAAUGGUCAAUCAGGAAUCUGGAGCUGUAUCCAGUACAGAACGUGAAUGUCAAACAUGUGAUAAUCCAUGAGGAGUACUUAGCUGAAACAUUCCAAAACGACAUCGCUUUGCUAUUCCUUGAAUCUCCAGUAGACAUGAUGCCCAAUGUUGCUACAGUCUGUCUACCGCCACAGGGGAUAAUCUUUGACAACCAGACAUGCAUGGCCAGUGGAUGGGGAAAAGAUGUUGCAGGUGUAUUCGACCAAUAUCCAGAUAUCAUGAAGAAGGUAACAAUAUCAGUGGUUUCUCAUAGCCUCUGUGAAGAGAGGUUACAGUCCACAAAGAUGGGGGAAAAUUUCCAGUUGCAUGAUAGCUCCAUGUGUGCUCUUGGUCUAAAUGGCAGAGAUUUGUGCCAGGGUGACGGUGGUAGCCCGCUAGUGUGUCCCUCUGCAGAAGGCUCCAGCUAUGUUCAGGCAGGCAUUGUGUCCUGGGGGCUGGACUGCAAGGGGGAGAACCCAGGUGUCUAUGUUAAUGUUGCUCACUUUCAAAAUUGGAUUAACCAAAAGCUUGCCUCGUCUAAUUGAGUACUAGAUUUAAUGGAUUUAAGGAGUGUUAGAUGAUGACUCAUCUAACAAACACACCAAAGAAGUCACAUUGCCUUCAACUGCCAGUUAUUAACACAGCAACGUUUUACUCUUUUGCACAUGAGUACAAAGACAGCCUUGAAGAAAUGGUUUGAGUGGCUUACUAAUGAAAAUCACACUAUCCUGUUCUCCGAGCUUUACACAGAAUUUGAACUGUUUAUGGUAAUACCAGUGACAAAUGCUUCAUCGCAGAGAAACUUUUCUAACCUAAGCAUUAUUAAAAUAAGCUUAGAACAACAAUGAUGCAAGAGAGGUUGGAGUUUUCUAUGCUGCUGUUCAUUGAACAAGAACUUACCAUGAAUUGUAAUUACUCAGACAUUAUUGAGGAAUUUAAAGUAUUGAUUCCUAGAGAAAGGCAAAUGCUGGCAGUGUUUGGCCCAAAUUCAACUGGAGACUCCAGAAACAGAAGAGCAAUGUCAUUGAACAAAGCACCAGCGUAGUAUCCCUCAUGGACUACCACAUGGUGGACAGAUCUCUCCUGCCAGGGAUGAGGUUCACUCAGCGUUUCUGUAUCCCACUCACCAGCACGAAUAAGCAACCCCGUCCUCCUUCAAAAUAAAGUCAUUUAGAUUGAUUGACUGAAACAGUUCUUUCUCUGACUAUGAAGGAAAUGUCAAACAUUAUAAUUCUUCACUGAUUUAGUUCUGUUAUGUCUCUCAUGACAAGCUGCUUCAGAUUAUGUUAUGAGACCAUCUUUAGGUGAGGUUUAUAUAUUAUUCAUCAGAAUACUGUAGGACAGACAAAUUGGUAACAAAACAUUAAAAAAAGAAUUAUAUAAAUAUAAGGACUGAAUUAUUAAACUGAAUUUUAAGCAUU